GCACCACUGUGAGAGAGAACGUGCUCCUUGGAAAGCUGCACGCAGCGGAUGUGUGGGUGACGGGGUUUAGACACAGGGACACGUUUCACGGCCACACGGGAGAACAACUCCCAGUGGUGGAAAAAAAAAAACAAGAAAAAUGAGUUGUAUCCACGAGUGGGCGCAUCCCUGUGGCCCUGGGGAGCUGAAACGGGACAUCCCUUAGGAACAGCUGAGACGGGACAAGUGCCGGGCCCAGUUUGGGGGUUAAAGGGAACCCCCUUCUGCCCUACACAGCCCAAGGGGCUGGGAGCCAGGAAGGGGGCCUGGAAGGAGCGGUGAAGCAGCACUGAGAAGAGCUGGGAAGUGGCAUCAGGAAAAAUUGGGAAGUGGGGUGAGGGAGAGCUGAGAAGCAGGUUUGAGAGGGAAGUCAGGAAGUGGGUUGGGAAGAGAUGGGAACAGCUGGGAAGACGGGAUGGAAAGAGCCAGGAAGUGGUGUUGGGAAGAGCUGGGAAGCAGGGUUGGGAAGAGACAGGAAGAGCUGGGAAGAGACAAGAAGAGCUGGGAAGUGGGUCAGGAAGCAGGGUUGGGAAGAGCUGGGAAGCAGGGUUGGGAAGAGCUGGGAAGCAGAGCUGGGAAGAGCUGGGAAGAGCUGGGAAGAGCUGGGAAGUGGGUUAGGAAGAGAGCUGGGAAGCAAGUCGGGAAACAGUGUCAGGAAGAGCCGAGAAGCAGGGUUGGGAAGACCCGGGAAGAGGGUCAGGAAAGGAGUCGGGAAGAGGGUGGGAAGAGCCGGGAAGAAGAGCUGGGAAGCGGAGCCGGGAGGAGCCGCGGGGAUCGCCGGGAGCAGCCCGUUACCGUCCUCCCCGCGCCGGCCCCGCGCCCCGCCGGGCGGAACGGGAAGGGGCGGUGGCUCCGCGGCUCCGCCCGGGCGGGCGCGGCCGAGAGCGGCCAGUGUCCGAGUGCCAUGGAGGAUCUCCUGGAUGUGGAGAACAAGCGGAUGGCAGACAGCCUUGCCAACAAGGUCACCCGGCUAAAGGCGCUGGCUCUGGAUAUUGACAAGGAUGCUGAGGAGCAGAACCGGUACCUGGAUGGCAUGGAUUCAGAUUUCCUGAGUGUGACAGGCCUGCUGAGUGGCAGCGUGAAGCGUUUCUCCACCAUGGCGCGCUCCGGCAGGGAUAACCGCAAGUUGCUGUGCUGGGUUUCGGUGGGACUGGUCAUUGUUUUCUUCAUCCUCUACUUCCUGGUGUCCAAAGCGGGGACCUGAGCCUGGUGCUCCGUGGGCUUUCCCAACAAAGCCAGGACAGCUGCUGGACUCACUGGGCGCCUCCCUCGCUCUAUGCGUGGGGCAGGCUGGGAUCUGCUGGGUGCUUGCCAAACUGCUUUCCCUUCAGCCAGCAUUCCGCUGUUCCA